CUAAUACAUACCAGCACCGCCCUUGAGGCGGACGCUUUCUCGAUUCACACACAGCACACGGCGGCCGUCCAGCAGACAUGAGCACUGAAAUCCCGUCCAUCCAACUACCGCAAGCGGAGGGAGGCGAGGAGAAAAUACACGGUCUCACGCACACGGAGAUUUCCAACCUCAGAGCAACCAGCUUGAAAGCUCGGGACUUUGCCUACUGCCCCUACUCCCUCUUCCGCGUCGGCGCCGCCCUCCUCAUCCGCAGCUCCAAUCCCGGCAUCUUCGACCACAUAAUCCGCGGUGCCAACGUAGAAAACGCUUCCUACCCUGUCGGCACCUGCGCCGAGCGCGUCGCCAUGGGCCACGCCAUUGCCUCUGGGUACCGCAAAGCGGACUUCAAAGCCAUUGGCGUGGCCACGGACCAGCUGGACUUUUGCUCCCCGUGCGGCAUGUGUCGGCAGUUUCUGAGAGAGUUCUUGGACCUGGAUACACCGAUUUUCAUGUUUAAUCGGGAAGGGGAGUACGAGGUGAAGACGAUGGGGCAGCUGUUGCCGUUGAGUUUUGGACCGGAGGCGUUGCCGCCGAGGGAGAUGCUGGAGGGGCAGAGGAAGUAGGGUUAUUGGGAUGAGGGUCCUUUCUGGGGAGGGUAUCAGAUGCUUAAGGCUUUUGUUUUUGCGUACGUUUAGCAGGUUUUGUAUCUUGGUCUGUACGCAUUUCACGGGUGUUGGGGAGUAAGUGGGAGUGUCUUCAAACGUCAAAACCGAAGAGCGGCGCUUACACAAGCGGAAGAUUUAUUUCACUAUACUAUGGAAUAAUGAAUGAAGCACCUU